CACACACACUCCAUCUGUCACGAGGUCAUGAGUCACACUCACUCAAUCCGCUCAGUUUCACUUCAGGUUUCGCUCCGACACACUCCAACCGUUCAGGUGACGUGAAAAAUGCAGAAUCAGAACACAAAGCAGAAAACUGUCAUCCCGACAGUCCGAUACCACCCGAGCAUCCAGACACCCGGAGACAAACCCAGAACCAGCCCGGCCCAGAAGACCAGAGCAGCAGCUGUCCGCUGCUCUCAGACUGGGAUCCCUCAGAAGGGGGUCCCUCAGACCAGGAGCCCUCAGGUUGAUCUAGGUCCUGGUGUGAGACUGCCACCUGCUGGCGGACAGAGACAGAGUGCUCAGAAAGCCAUAAGGAAGCUGGUUCAGAGAGAUGCUGCAGAUCUGGACCCGGAGGGAGGCCCUCUCACACCGGAGCAGGUCCCUCUGGGUCUGGGGGUCCAGUUGGACAGGGGUGUUGUGGAGAAAGUGGAGGUUCUGACUCGUGGACAGAGUUCCAACCAGGACUGGUUCGCCUGGAGGAAGAACCGGAUCACAGCCUCCGUGGCUCAUCGCAUUGCUCACUGUCGCUUCAGCAACGGCAAGAGCCCAACCCCACCCACCUCAUACCUGACUGCUAUCACAGGUGAGGGGCGGAGCGUCCAGACCAGAGCCAUGUCCUGGGGGGUCCAGAUGGAGGCUGAGGUGGUCCGCAGGUAUCAGGUACAGUUCAACACACCUGAUGUUAAAACUGUCACAAGUACCUAA